UAACGGUGUAUAAAUAUCAGCUUAUUUAUAUCAAUAACUAAAAGAAUAUUGCUAUUUUCAACCUCGAAAUAUCCAAUCAGAAAGAAAAAACAAGCACUUGCAAAAUCCAUAUAAACUCAACAUCUUGUUGCAAAACUUACUAACGUUUUGAACAAGAAGAUGAAGUGAGUAUUGAAUGCGUAGCAAAGGUAACUGGGAUUUUACAUGAAUUUUAAUUUCGUCUAAUGAGAUAUUGUUGCCUUGUUCAUCUGAACCUUUCCAGAUACAGAUUUUCAUCUAACCAGUUGAAACCACUCUGUUCAAUCAUCGUCUUAUUUUGGACGUUUUGUGACUGUAAGGACAUUUGUAAGGAUCCCACAGUACAGACAAAUGAAGAAGUAAUUUUUGAAAGUGAUGCGUACAAAUAUUCACAUUUUUAUCACUACUCCCAAAUUAUUCGCCUCAACCAGACUCUUCCAGUUGAUGAUCGCAAGUUUGAGAAAUUAGUUACUCAAAAGGAAAUUGAUUCGAAAUUCUCCUUUCAAUUUUACGGUGUUGACGUGAGCAAAAUCAAUUUAUACACUCAUGGUACAAUUACUUUAAUCGAACAAACGCAAGUAGCAUCAAUUGACAGUUAUGUAAAUUCCCGAAUUCCAACUGAAUCUGAGUUUUUGGAUGACCGUGUUACAUCCAAGGUAACCACUGUGAUGCAUUCUAAUGGGAAGAUAUCUUUCUAUUAUGAGAACAUUCCUAAGCAAACUGGUAAAGUACAUUCAAUAUUGAUCUUUGACGGUAAAAUUCAGUGUGGAAAAAAAGAUGGGACAAAAAGAAUUGUUCCUGGUGAGUGGAUCAAAAGUGGAACAUUGGUGGAGUACGAAGUUUCCGGAGAUUGUCCAAAACACAAUACGAUUAAAACAUGUAAAGAUGCAACAACAUUGAAAACAAUGUGUAUGUGGUGUGAAAUAGCCAACACAUGCAUUACGAGCAAUGACAUGGAUAGUCAUGAAUUCAAAGUAAAUGGUUGUCAGAAUAAAAAUAGCCCGAAUAUCAACGUGUCAAUUGAACCAUCACUUACCAUAGAAGAAGAAACAACUUCAGACACUACUAAAUCUGACAUGGGAAAUGAACUGGAGAUAACUACUGAAAACACUGAAACUCAUUUGACGAUCUCAAAUGUCAACGUUCCGAGUAAACAAACACCUAUCGAAUAUGAAGAAACAACUUCCGGACUAACUAAAUCUGAUAAUAUGACUACACAGAUGACUGAAGAUAGAGAGUACACAAAGUCCCGCAAUUACUCAUAUAUUGUCAUACCUGUGGUUGUCAGUUUCAUUGUUGUAUGUACUGGCUGUGUCAUAGGGCUAUGGAUUUACAGAAAAAAGAAAGCUUUGCCAUAGUUCUGAUGGAUAGCUUUUAUUGGAACCACAUAUCAUGUUCUUGAUUGUUUUCAUAAUAACUGAUGUAUUUUGUUAAUAAAAUAUAAAAUAUGGUUUAUUGUA